AUGUCUGCGUUACCGAUUGUUUUGAAAUGCAUUUUGUUUAUUGCUUUAAUGUCUCAUUCAGAUUCUGCCCCAAAAAUGGAUGAAGAUAGUCAACUCGAUUCUGCUGCUGAAUCUGCUUCAGAUAAAAACAUAAAAAUCUUUCAUUUUACCAGCAAUUAUUUCCCAGAAAUCCUGAAGUCUCCAUCUAAGGACAUGUCACUUUCUUCCACCAUGGUUGAUAAAUUGAUCCCAGAUCAUAACAAAGUUAUUUUUUUAAUUCAAUUAAGAGAGCCCUUAACUAACAUUGAAGUAAUUCGUAAUCUAUGUAGAGCUGUGGCAGAUGAACUAAAUUUGGAAUUGGACAGCAUUAAAGUAUCUAAAUAUGAUCCUUUACGAGGUUUGGUCAAAAUGUACUUCCUGUACACGGUUAAACGAGAUAAUAAUACUGAUGUCCUAGAGCUGAGACCUGCCACAGAGGUCUUAAAACGUUUAAACCAAAAGAGAUUUCAAAAAGCAGGAACAUCAAUUCGAAUUUUGGAUGUAAAAAAUGGAAUAGAAUCCCCAUAUGACUUCAACAAUGGCAGGAAAAUUAGCAUCCAAAGUAUCUUCAGUGAUAAAAAUUGGGAAGCUUGGCAAUUAGCUGUUGUUAUUGCUGCUUGUUUGUUUGCAAUUUUCUGUGUCCUUGUUGUCAUUUUGUUCAUUAGUUCCCAUCAUUUUGCCAAAGAUAAAGUUGGACCUAUUGAUGAGCCCCGCCAUGUAGUUGUUCAGCCUAUCCUCAGACCAGCUGUAGCAGGCAUAGGUGUAAUCCAGCCAGAAAAUCGUGAUCGCAUCAUUGCUGAAACCGAUUCCGAGCACACUCCGAGUCCAUCACGAAGUCCGCUUAGAUUAAAAGGCAAAGGUCUUUUAGAAAGACGGGGAUCAAAUGCAUCACUAACUUUGGAUCUGAACCGUUCUCAAGAAAACAUUCAUUGUGGAACCCCUCCAAAGAAUGGUUACUCGGCUGAAGAAUAUUUGCAAUCUGCUGGAAAGAAAAUGACUCGUCGACAACUUCGCUCUUCUUUGAAAGAUGUAAAAACUCUUCAUUCUGAAUUUUGGGAAAUUCCUAUGAAUCAUCCAGAAAAGGUUGAAGUUGCGGGUUCUGGAACAAAAAAUCGAUAUAAAACCAUUCUACCAAAUGAGAGCACUAGAGUAAAUUUAUAUGAAAAAAAUGGUGACCCAUUAUCAUCAUAUAUAAAUGCUAAUUAUGUUAGAGGUUAUGGAGGAGAAACACGAGCUUACAUAGCUACACAAGGACCAAUGUCACAUACUGUUAAUGAUUUUUGGACAAUGGUUUGGAAAGAGAAGAGCUCUCUUAUUGUGAUGAUCACCAAGCUGAAAGAAAAGAUGAAAGUUAAAUGUGAACCAUACAUCCCAGACUAUCAAGAUUGUUAUAAUGAUAUUGAAGUUACUGUUACUCGUGUGAUUCCUCGUGAUGGUUUUACAAUUAGAGAAUUAUUUUUAAGAAGAGGAAGUGAGACUCAUACUGUUCGCCAUUUCUGGUACACUGCUUGGCCGGAUCAUAAAACACCUGAAACUGCAAAACAACUGUUAGCAAUGGCUUUGGAAGUUGAAUCUUUGAGACGUGAUGCUUCUGGAGCUACAAAAGGACCUAUGGUGGUUCACUGCAGUGCUGGAAUAGGAAGAACUGGUUGUUUCAUUGCUGUAAGCAUUGGCAUUCAGCAGCUUCUUGAAGAAAAUAUGAUUGAUGUGUUGGGUAUAGUUUGUUCUUUAAGAUUGGAUAGGGGUGGAAUGGUACAAACUGCCGAGCAGUACGAGUUUGUGCAUCAAGCACUCAGCAUUUUUGAAUCAAGUUUACCAGGAACAUCGGUUGAUUGAAGAAAACAACUUCAAGGUUGUCAUUUGAUUCACGCAUUAAUGUUGGAAUGUGGUUGAUGUAUUAAUUGUAUUUCAAUGUCUGUUAAAGCUGGGUGUAUACAUGAUGUUGUUAAAGAGGAAGUUCCUGUCAGAUGGUCUGAUAAUCUUUGAAACAUUAAUUGUUUCCGGUAGUUAAUACGCACAGGUGCUUGUGUUACAAUGAAGAUGUUAAAUGUGCCAUUUUUGUGGGAUUUGAAAAUUAUUUAAUCAGUUGUUCUUGUAGUUAUGAAAAGUUUUUCUAACUGUAAUUGCAUUGAAUAUUGUUUGCUUGUAUUUUGCGUAUGUAUGCCUCUAUGAUCGUUAUUGGUUACUUUUAGUUAAUUAAUGUUAUUUUUCAUUGGUAAAGUUAAUUUCAAUUAAAGUUGUUUAAUGUCUGAAUUAUGUCAGAAGCAUCCAUAAUGUGUUUAAAAUGAUAAUUCAGGAAAGUAGAGUGGAUUUUUG